GGGCAUUCAUCACUGGUCAGAAGGCCAUCCAGUUCCCUAAAGGAAAAGUUAAUGGUUCGGAUAGAAUCACAUAGAGACUCUAUGGAUAUCCUUAAAAAAGUGCUCAGAAUCAAUAAAACCCAAGGCAAGACAGUUCGAGAGGUUAUUGCCUUUGCUGAAGAAAGAGAUGGAGAACUGUUUCUUGAUACUUGGAGGUUUAUCUUUGUACGUCUCUCAUUGAGGAAAGAUUUUGAGAAACUUGUUGAUGCUGAUCACUGGCCACUCACAAAUCCUAUUAAAACAUUAGAAGGUCCUCUUCAAGACCAGCAUACAAGGAAGGCUUAUGAUAACACCCAUGAGAGAAGUCUGCAGGAGAAUUCACCAUACAGGAACAAGCCUGAAGAGCCUCUUUCAAACAAAUUGAAGGAGACAAGGCUUAAUAAUCUAAAAGGUAAUUGAUGUUUACAUUCAAAUUUGGACUUAACACAUUCUAGAAUAAGUAAGUAUUCUUAAUAAGUUUUUCAUAAAGGACAUUUCUCCUAUAAAGGUAAUUAGGGUCUCUUAGGUGACUAGUGUGGUUUGAAUAAAGUAAAUGAAGAUCUUAUCACCUGGCUCAUUGCAUCUGAAAAUUGCAAAUCUGCUACAAUUUUGCUUUCUCCAUCGGGAGAUAAUUUUGUAAUUUCUCUCAAUAGUAUCCAUACAUUAUCUCUCAAACAGGUGAUGAGAAUAUAUACUCAAAAUUUUCAGGCAUGGUAGAUCUUGCUGACUUAAUCUAACACCAAGUUCCUGUAACUAAUUUAAAAGGAAAUGUGCAGCACCUAGAGGGGAGAACCAACAAUCAGAUGUUGGGAGUUGAAGGUUAAACUGCUCAUUAGGCCACUCCUUAUUAACACUUUUGUCAGAAUGAGAGUGUAAAAUUAGGAUCAUUUACCAAAGGCCAGGGACAAAUGAGAGGUGGCUUUGUCAGUUGCAGGAUUAAAAUUAAACUUUAAACUUAGAGCAGUUUUAUUGGUACCUUUUUUGUAAUUGUCCCCUUGUUUUCUUGUAAUAAGUGUCGAGAUUGGAGACCCAGAAGACAAGGUCUUCAUCCAAGAAUUGGCCAGAUUGGAGUUUACCACCGCCUUCAGAAGAUAACCUGAGUCAGGAAACUUGGAAAGAAACCACCAUGGAAAUGAGAGAUGAUGAAGCUGGAGAAAGAGAUGUUUCUUCAGAUGGGCAGAACUUACAGGAAUUUUGGAAUGGUGACUCUUCUUUGUCAUCACCUGCACCUUUACCAAGCCAGUUGGAGCAAUUUGCUGCACCUGGCACAAGUGUUACAGAGAAAGAGGAAGGAAGGAGUUUAACAUGGCAGAUUGACUCAGAUCAUGGUUUGUCUUCAGAUGACUCACAACCAGUUACAACCAGUUAUUCAUAACCAGUCACUUGCGUAGGACAGAGAAUAAAUCCUGACUUCCUAGGAGUAAUCGAACCUCAGACCUUUUGAUUCUGCAUUUCAAUUUUACCACUGAGCCACAGAGACUCUAUGGAGAGCAGAGCCAUCAUGAAGUUCAUAUAUGACAUGUGUCCUGCAUACUGCUAGGAUCAGGAAUGUUGAUAACGUACUGUUGAUAGUAUGCUGAUCCUAGCAGUAUGCAGGAUGUGUGUCAAAUAAACUUCAUAAUGGCCUUGCUCUCUACAGUGUCUCUAUGGCUUAGUGGUAGAGCAUUAGAACAUGGAAUCCGAAGGUCAGAGGUUUGAUUUCUCAUGAGAACUCUAAACUUUUUAAUUGUCCCACUCUCAUGACAAAAUAAAAAACAUCUUUCUAUAUUUCUUUAACAAGCUUAAAAUUUACCAUCUUUCUUAUUCUUUUCAGAAAAUUGCUCCUUACAGCUUGAGGAUCAGAAUGGACAGAACUUGCAGGAAAACAGAAGAAUGUCUAGGGCCCCUCUUUUAUCAUUGCCAGCACAUGUUGUGCAUGAAACCAUGGCAAGCCAUUGCCAGCAGGCAUCAGCACCAGACAACCACAGUGGUUCAGCAUCCCAGAUUGACACCAUUCCCAGUUUAUAUUUAGAUGACUCAAGGACCUUAAGCACUAGAACAAGGCCAGUGACCCCUAAAGGAGCAAAUAAGCCUGUGGGCAGUAUUACAGUUCAUCAAUUACAUCUGAACCCUGUGGCUGGUCAG